AUGACUUCCUCCUCCAGUAUUUCCUCAUCCUUCCAUCGAUCAAGCAUGAAAUCAAAUGUGAAUAACCAAAAAGCUUGUGAUUGUGGGUUCCCUGCACGUAUUCUAACCUCAACAACACCAAAGAACCCAGGAAGACAUUUCAUGGUGUGCAAUGAGAAUAAAUGCAAAUUUUGGAAGUGGAUGAAUGUAGAACCCGUAUAG